AUGACUAGCAGGGCGAUGAAUCCUUCUAGUUCAGCCUUGCGAAACGCGAUUUUAUGGCUACUUCUGUUGUCUACCGUGACUAGCUUCGUGAUGUCAGAAUCCGAAGAACGCCAGACAUACAUUAUCCACAUGGAUCAUUCACAGAAACCAGCAUCUUUUCCAACCCACGAGACUUGGCACCGUGCUACUGUGGACUCAAUAUCGCCAUCUCUCAGCGAUGGCGAGGACAAGUUUCUCUAUUCAUACAACCAUGUCACGCACGGUUUUAGCGCCAGGCUCACGCCAUCUGAGCUGGCCAAGAUUGAAAAAUCUCCAGCUCAUCGAGCAACGAUUAAAGAGUCCUUUGGCAAGCUGUUCACAACCCACAGCAGCAAGUUCCUCGGCCUAAAUCACAGCUCCGGACUAUGGCCCAACAGCUCAUAUGGAGAAGAUGUCAUCAUCGGAAUACUUGAUACGGGAAUAUGGCCAGAGAGCGCCAGCUUCUGUGACAAGGGGAUGCCGCCGGUGCCUCCAAGAUGGAAAGGCAAGUGCGAGAACGGCACUGCCUUUAGCCCAUCCAACUGCAAUAGGAAGCUCAUCGGAGCUCGGUCUUUCAGCAAGGGCCUUGCUGCCGCUGGAUUAAAUAUAUCCAAGAUGUAUGACUACGACUCUGCGAGAGAUUUCGCUGGUCAUGGCACGCACACAUCAUCCACCGCUGCAGGGGCCCCUGUAAUUGGAGUAAGUCAUUUUGGAUAUGCGAGCGGGACAGCUAGAGGAAUAGCACCAAGAGCUCAUGUUGCGAUGUACAAAGUUUUGUGGGCAAGAGACACGUACGAGUCCGCAUCAAGUGAUGUGCUUGCUGGAAUGGAUCAAGCAAUUGCUGACGGAGUAGACAUCAUGUCUUUAUCUCUCGGCAUCUUGCUCACACCGUACUUCAACGACGUGAUUGCCAUAGCAUCUUUGUCGGCGAUUGAGAAGGGCAUCGUCGUCGUCUGCGCAGCCGGAAAUGAUGGGGCCUAUAACUCCACGUACAACGGAGCGCCCUGGAUCAUCACAGUCGGAGCAGGAACUAUUGAUCGGAGCUUCGUCGCGACUUCAACCCUGGGGAAUGGGUUAACUAUAGAGGGCACGUCGUACUUCCCCCAGAGCGUCGACAUUGCUGAUGCACAAGUCUACUAUGGCAAGGACAACCCUGACAAAGCGAAAUGCCUCUUGUCAGCCCUCGACCCAAAAGAAAUUGCUGGAAAGGUAGUUUUGUGUGACAACAACAAUACGGUGGAUUUGGACAGUCAGGUCCAAGAACUUGAUAACAAAGGAGCAUACGGGGCAAUUCUCCUGAGCGAUGAGUUAAAUUUAUAUCCUGAAGACUACUCCAUCCCUGUGGUGAUCAUACCGACUUCUUCAGGAGCUCCAAUAAAGGACUAUCUGACAAGAGAAAACAAUGCAACUGUGAGUAUGAGGUUCUUGCAGACCAAAUUGGGCACAACCCCAGCGCCUCUAGUUGCUGAUUUCUCUUCGAGAGGGCCAGAUCCGAUCAAUCCAAGCAUCUUGAAACCAGAUAUUCUCGCUCCAGGAGUGGAUAUACUAGCUGCAGUUGUGACAAACAUGCCUUUUAUGGAAGUUGUGUUGGUGUUUCAUGAAUCAUUUGGCCUUUAUGAUCUUGUGACCAAUUACGCGCUUUACUCGGGCACCUCCAUGGCAGCGCCACAUAUUGCCGGGGUCGCAGCUUUGCUAAAGGCCGUGCACAAAGAUUGGAGCCCAGCGGCCAUUAAAUCGGCAAUGAUGACCACAGCAUACACCAUGGAUAACACGGGGACGACAUUGAAAGAUCAAAGGUGGCGACAUGCUGCCACACCUCUUGAUUUCGGAGCAGGCCAUAUCAAUCCUAACAAAGCCAUGGACCCCGGACUUAUCUAUGACCUGAACUUGCAAGAUUAUAUCGAAUUCCUUUGCAGCCUGGGAUAUACAGAUAAGCAGAUGAGUGCAGUGAUCAGGAGAGGCCAGUGGAAUUGCAGCCGAAGUGAUGGUGACCUCAACUACCCUUCUUUCAUCGCCGUAUAUUCGAACAAAACCGGCUCGACCAAAGUUAAGAGCUUCAAUAGGGUGGUGACAAAUGUGGGAGAUGAUUCUUCUGUUUACCAAGCGAUUGUGGCAAGUCCGAAGGAAAUGACUGUCAUAGUACAGCCUAGCAAUCUCACAUUCACUCACAAGUAUGAGAAGCAGAGUUUUCAUUUGACCAUAGAAGUCGAUCAGCUUGCCACAGGAGUGACUUAUGGUUAUCUCAAAUGGGUCGAUCAACACAAUCAUGUUGUAUCGAGCCCCAUUGUGGCUAUUAAGCAUAUUUAG